GGGCGUUCAACACGGAAGUUUCUCAAGCCGGCAGGGGUAGGGCUGAGCGGGGCGCUGGUAGGGGCCGCGAGGGGCGGGCCUCGGCCCCCUAGAGGUAGCUCCGGCGACUGGAGCGUCGGUUCUGUCCUCCCCGGCCCCGUAAUGGCGGGCACCUCCGUCCUGCGCCCCCACCCCAGGCCGCGGGUGGACGCUGGGCCCGCGUGGCCUGGGCGGGCCGCCCGGAGAUUAAGCAGCCGUUUCCCCACUCGCUCAAUCUGCAGCCAUUAAACCAAAACCCGCGCUCGGCUGCAGUGGCUGAGCUUCGGCCCGCACAGACAGAGUGCAAAGGUUUGAGUCUCCUGAACUCCAAGGCCGGGCCAGGUGCCUGUUAUGGUGACCCUGGACCUGGGGUCCUGGGGCUCCCCGAGGAAGCCGUACGGAGGGAGGACUAGGGAGCAGCGUCGCGGGGGCACGGUUUCGUGCAAGGGGGGAAUCCCUGCCCUCCGAAGCUUGAGCACACAGUUUUAUAGUUAGGUUUCUUACAGGUGUCACGUGGCGCGACUAACCUUUCUUGGAGCCUCCAGUGCCCUCGCCAGGCAUGACCUCAGCCCGUUUGCAGGGUGGAAUGAAGCACAUCAACCUGUCCUUCGCGGGCUGUGGGUUUCUGGGCAUUUACCACUUGGGGGCAGCGUCGGCCCUUUGCAAACACGGACAGAAACUGCUGCAGAACGUCAAGGCCUUCGCUGGCGCUUCCGCGGGAUCCCUGGCUGCUUCGGUCCUGCUCACAGCCCCAGAAAAAAUAGAGGAAUGCAACGAGUUCACCUACCAGCUUGCUGAAGAAAUCCGAGGGCAGUCCUUCGGGGCGGCGACCCCCGGCUACGAUUUCAUGGCCCGGCUGAGGAGCGGGAUGGAGUCGAUCCUGCCCCCCGACGCCCACGAGCUGGCCCACCACCGGCUGCACGUGUCCAUCACCAACACCAGGACCCGGGAGAACCUCCUGGUCUCCAGCUUCUCCUCCAGGGAGGACCUCAUUCAGGUCCUGCUGGCGAGCAGCUUCAUCCCGGUGUACGCGGGGCUGCGGCCGGUGGAGUACCGAGGGCAGAAGUGGGCCGACGGCGGCUUCACCAACAGCCUCCCCAUCCUGCCCGCGGGCCGCACCGUGACCGUCUCGCCCUUCAGCGGGCGGCUGGACAUCUCCCCGCAGGACAGGGGGCGGCUGGACCUCUACGUCAACGUCAGCAACCAGGACAUCGUGGAGGAAGCUGCAGGGCCUGCACCAGCGCGGCUUCGCCGACGCCGUCCGGUUCCUGCGGAAGGAGGACUGGUUCGAAGACCGUGCCUGAGCGUCUGUCUGGGCGGCCACACCCGGCUGGGACGGUGUGCGCGGGGGCUGGCCGUGAGAGAACUAGUUCCCCGGUGUCAGACGUCCGGCCAGUCUGUCCGCUGUCUCAGCACUCGUCAUGGUUUUCAUUAGUUCCGUGUUUCCUGGCUGCCGGGACACGAGGGCGGUUUACGAGCGUGGGGCCGUGCCGUCGGGGCACAGCUCAGGGACAGAACGGGGGCAGGUAAGCCGCUGCAAGGCGUGAAGAGCCAGGCCGGCCGGGGCGUCUCGGACACAGGCACCGGACCCGGCACACACUUGUGUGAUCUGGUCGCACCACGCCAGCCUGAGGCCAGCUCUCCCGUGGCCUGAGCGCCCGGCCUGCCCCGCCCCUCGGCGGACUCGUGCGUGGGGUCCACACUGACUCACGUGCACCGGCUCGGAUUUUCAUUCUGUGUUUGUCGGGCUCUGCCAGCAAGCACGACGUGUGAAUGACGAGGAAGCACUUAGAAGCAAGCCCGUUUUUCAUCUCACGCCCUCUGUUGUUUUACCACUGGAACCUAGGCCUUACGUCAGUUUUCUGGUUGCUAACAGCGCCCCCCCCCACACAUUCAAAAGUGUGGGCAGGGAAACCCCACCACUGCCUCCUUCCUCGGGGGUCACGCUCAGACUCACGGCAGGGCAGCGGCGAGGCUGGGCGUGUGUAAGCCUUCCCGCUCUAGCACCGCGGCUAAAACGUCCUGUGCUCUAGCCUGGCUGGGGCGGCUCAGGGCGCCGAGCACCAGACUGGGGACCAGAGGGUUCGAUUCCCAGUCCCGGCACGUGCCUGGGUUGUGGGCCAGGUCCCUGUUGGGGGGCGUGCGAGAGGCAACCACACAGGGAUGUUUCGCUCCCUCUCUUUCUCCUUCCGUUCCCCUUUUU